GACUUGUUUCACACAUUGUGUAUGUUUUUGUUAAACGUGAAUUAUGUAGCCUGCUCUUUGCACCGACUUUAAGUUAUUUUUGCGACAAAUUUUUACGUAGAUAAGAAUCAUAGUUUAAAUAAAAUGGAUUCUAAAUAUUCGAUAAUUGAUAAAAACAAGUCAAAUGUGUCUGAAUCUAGCCCAUUCAGUUUAAAGCGAAAAUUUUCCUAUGGCUCUGCAAAUGCAGUACCACAAGCAAAGAAACCGCAUUUAUCAAAUGUUCCGAAACUUUCGAAUCCAUCGCCAAAACAAAACGCCACACAAAAUGGAACGGUGACUACCAAGACCGCUGUUGAUAAUAUUCAAACGCAACGCAAACAAUUGCCAAUAUUUGCUGUACGAGAGCAAUUAUUGCGAUAUUUACAGAAAUGUAAUACAUUAAUAGUUAUUGGCGAAACUGGAUCAGGAAAAACGACACAGAUACCUCAAUUUCUACUUCAAAUCGGACAAGAUGCCAUUGCUGUGACACAACCACGACGUAUUUCGGCUAUCAGUAUUUCAACACGUGUUAGUAAAGAGCUAAAAUGUAAAAUUGGCGAAACAGUCGGAUAUACGGUGCGUUUCGAAGAUGUUACAUCGAAAAAAACAAAAAUUCGUUUUAUGACUGAUGGCUCAUUGCUGCGAGAGGCUAUGUCGGAUCGUCUAUUACUACAAUAUAGCACCAUAAUACUGGACGAAGCUCAUGAACGUACAAUAAAUACGGAUAUUUUAUUUGGUUUAGUAAAAAAUGCUCAGCGACAAAGAAUAGCAUUGAAUAAGAAUCCAUUGAAGAUAAUUAUUAUGUCGGCCACAAUGGAUGUCGACCAUUUUUCCAAUUAUUUCAACAAUUGUAAAACUGUUUACCUCCAGGGCCGAACAUUUCCUGUGAAAAUUAUGCACGUUAAAGAACCACAAAGUGACUAUUUGCACGCAGUUCUAUCCACAGUUUUCACAAUCCAUCAGACAGCACCACCAAAUCAUGAUAUUUUGGUAUUUUUAACGGGUCAAGAAGAAAUCGAAGGGAUGGCACAUCAAAUUAAGGCAAUGAUUAAGUCAAAUAGUUUAAAAGGUCCGACUUUACGUGUUUAUCCAUUGUAUGCGCAACUGGCGCAAAAUCGACAAAUGGAUGUAUUCGUGCCAUCAGCGCAAAAUCAGCGCAAAAUAAUUUUGAGUACAAACAUAGCCGAAACGUCGUUAACAAUUUCGGGCAUAAAAUAUGUAAUCGACAGCGGUGUUGUGAAACGACGAGUUUAUGAUUCAAAAACCGGCAUGGAUACACUAAAAGUGAAAAAAAUUAGCCAAGAUCAAGCGUGGCAACGUUGUGGUCGUGCUGGACGAGAAUCGGAAGGAUUUUGCUACCGAGCAUAUACAUUCAAAGAAUUCAAACAAAUGCCAACAACAACAACACCGGAAAUAUUGCGUAGCAACAUUGCAACGACUGUGCUACAAUUGAUGUCGCUCGAUAUUGAUUGUCGAAAAUUUGAUUUUAUUGAUUCACCACAACCGCAAUCAAUUGAACUGGCCUUGAAUCAACUGAUUGCAUUGGGUGCUGUAAGUUCGGGAAAACGAACUGAAUUAACUGAAAUGGGUAGAAAGAUGGCCAAAUUUCCGCUUGAUCCAAAAUAUAGCAAGAUCUUACUCACCGCACCAUCGUAUGGUUGUUUGGAAGAGGCUCUCAGUGUUGUGGCACUUUUAUCAGGCGAAGAAAUAUUCAUAAAUAACAUUCAUGACACUGAUCGACGUGGUGAUGCAUUGACCGCUCAUGCAAAAUUUGAAAAUGAAUUUGGUGAUCACUUGACGCUGUUGAACGUAUUCAAAGCAUAUGUGAAAACUGAACGACCCAAAACAUGGUGUCAUGAAAAUUUCCUGAAUACGCGCAACUUAGCCUAUGCACAAGAAGUUCGAAAUCAACUGAAAGAAAUAUGCAAUCGCUUCGAUUUGGAAAUCGCAAGUUGUGGCAAUAAAUUUGAUCAGCUAAGAAAGUGUCUUCUAUCGGGUCUUUUUAUAAACAUUGCGGAAUUUCAGCAACGUGACAAUCAUUAUUUGACACUAACAAAUCGUCAGCGUGCCAAAAUUCAUCCGUCGAGUGUACUUAGUGGCAAAUCAAAUGCAGAGUAUAUAUUAUUCACCGAAUUGGUGGCCACUGGAAAAACGUACAUGCGAACUGUUACACAAAUCGAUCCGGAAUGGAUCGAUGAAGUUAUCCCGAACAUUCAACAAAUUAAAAAACUUUUUAAAAUUGCCGACGGUUCGUAAAAAUGCCAUAAAUACGCAAUAAAUACACGUGAACAUAAUUUUUUUUAUAUCAUUUUACAAAUCAACCGAAUGCAAUCUUAAAAAGAGAUGUGAUUAUUAUCAUCAUACACGAAACGCUACACAGCCGAUAAAAGAAAAUAUACGAAAUGUACUAUUUUUUUUUCUUCAUAGGAAUUUAAAAUAAAAACAGAUUUAUUCUAUAAUGUUUUAA